AUGAGACCAUUAAUACUCCUAUUAAUAAGCCAUUACGUAUUCGCCCAAACUUAUGUAACAGCGCCAACAUCAAGAGGACAAGUUCGCGGUGUUCAAUUGAACUAUGGAAAUAACAAAAAUGAUGUGUACUACGGUAGUGCACAAGCUUUCUUAGGUAUACCAUACGCUCAGCCACCCACGGGCGACAAUCGUUUCCGAGCUCCUCGAAGUGUCGAUAAUUACGGUACAAACCAAUACGAUGCGACAUUUUACCGACCAAAAUGCCCUCAAGCUAACACGGGCUCAAAUACAAAUGAGGAUUGCUUAUAUCUCAAUGUUUUCACUCAGCAAGCUGGCAAUGCUUCUGCACAAAUGGCUGUCAUGGUCUUCAUUGAUGGCGAUAAUGGGUUAACAGAAGGAGGGUGUGAUCAGACUCAAAUGAAGGGAACUGUACGUAAUUUGGUUUCACGUGGAGUAGUUGUUGUGACCUUUCAAUAUAGAUUAGGAGCUCUAGGAUUCUUCUCACUACAAGCUGCUCAGUUCCAGGCCAACAACGGAAUGUUGGACCAAGUCAUGGCAUUACAAUGGGUCCGAAGCGAAAUUCCAAACUUCGGAGGUGAUCCAAACCGCAUAACCCUCUGUGGACAAGGAGACGGUGCUUGUGCUGUUUCCGCUCACACUAUGAGUCCUCUCAGUCAAAACUUAUUCAGCCAAGCAAUCAUAUCCAGUGGAACAGCCCAAUCUUGCUAUUCAGCUGAUGGAACUACCUCCACAUUCUCCAACCAACUCAUGCCUGUUAAUACUGUACAAACUCUCCAAUACGACCAAGGGGUUCCUUACAGUCCUAUGAACGGUUUCCAGCAACCGUACAACCAACAACAAUACGAUCAGCAGCAAUACAAUCAGCAACAGUACAAUCAGCAGCAGAACAAUCAGCAACAGUACAAUCCGCAGCAGAAUAAUCAGCAACAAUAUAAUCAACAACCGAAUAAUCAACAACAAUAUAAUCAGCAGCCGUAUAAUCAACAGCCAUAUAAUCAACAGCAGAUCAAUCAGCAACAGUACAACCAGCAGCAAAAUCCUUCAUGGCAACAAACUUAUCAAAAUCCUACAACAACCCCACGGCCAGUGCCUCAGAUGGAUCAAGCUCAAAAUGCUUUCAUCAACCCAAGUCAAGAUUUAGCUCAGCGGUUGUGUAACAUCACUCCAGAACAAUGGAGAUCCGGUCAAGUUGGAAAUUUGAGGGCUUGUCUCAGUAAUUAUACCGUUGACUUCAUUGUACAAACCCAAGGAAGCCGACAAGCUGCCUGGAUGAUUGUUCGAGAUAACGCCUUCUUCCCAGAUUCUAUUGAGAACUUACAAGCUCGUCGUCCUGCUAUUCCAGUAAUCAUCGGUACUGUUCAAGAUGAAGACGCUGAUUAUGCUUUCAAAUUGGUAGCAGAUGGACACUCAGGAGACUCUCAGAAUGAAAUGUUCAAUAACUGGAUGGUUGACUUUGCUCGUAAAAAUAAACUUAACCAAACAACAUCCGAACAUAUUUCUAACAUAAUUGCUCCCAACUAUCAAAUUAGUUUGGCAAACACCUCCUACAGCGAUCCAGGGCAGAACACAGCAUAUGCAGGUAUAGGCAAUGCAAAUCAAGAUGGCCAUCAAUAUCAACCUUCCGGCGGAUUCCAGUAUGAGCAGUUUGUUCCCUCUUCCACGUUUUCUACUACGAGAACCCCCAUGACUACAACACCUCCAAUGAUGACGACGACUUUUGUUCCACAAACGACAACUAGAAUCUCAAACAUUAGAGAUUCUCAAACGGUCCAAUCUUUGCGAACGAUUUCCACGAUAAGUUCUGACUCGGGGAUCGUCAGUGCCACUGCUACGGAGAUAGACAGUUUCGUUCAGAACGGCGCUCAAUAUGUCCAUGUGUAUCAGUUUACUUACGUUAGCAAUUUGGGAAAACCCAACAACCAACCUCAGAUGAAUGGAUGGAAUCCCGUCGUUAAGGGACAAGAUCAGGUAUUCGUUAUGAUGAACGAAGCUGUUUGGUCAACUGGCAAACCUACAAAGGCCGAUCGUCAGAUGGCCGAUCAAAUGGGUGAACAAUGGACUCAAUUUGCUAAAGAGGGAACUAUAAACAACUGGCAACCCGUAUCUCCUACAUCUAACUAUAAUUAUUGCAAUUUGAAUUCGAAACCCAGUCAGCAGACAGGAUACGGCGCACAGGCUAGAAACGUCUUUAAUCAACAAGUCAAUCCGAUUGUCGUCCAGGCACAACACGACCAACAACAGCAACAACAACAGUUCCAGCCAGGCUACUAUCCACAACAAGAUCAACGAACUGCCCAGUACCAACCAAAUUAUCAACAGCAACCACAACAGCAACAGUUCCAACCCCAACCACAACCCUAUCAGCAACAAUACCAGCCACAACAAUACCAACCUGUGCAGUACCAGCAGAACAAUGGAAGGAAUAUUGCGAAUGGCACCUACAGCCAAGAUGGACAAUCUAGCACUUUCCGCAUUACAUUCAAUCUCCAAGAUCUCCUCUUGCCUUCCAACGGAUAA